AUGCAAUGUCCAACAAAUCAAACAAAUAUGUCAUUAAUAUCAUUUUAUUUAGAUUAUUUAACUGAACAACGUCUUGAACAAGAUAGUCCAUUAACAGGAUAUUUACAAUAUAUAUUAAGUGAAGUUGUACUUAAACAUGAAUAUACACAAUGUAAUUUAUUAUUAUCAUUUGAUUGUCGAUCAUUAAAUACGGAUGAAGUUGAUGUUAUAGAAUUUACUUUUGAUAAUCGUGUUUUAAUUAAUGAUAAUCAAGAAAAUGAAUUUAUUACACAUAUAUCAAUAGUUGCAAAUAAAGAUUAUCCAACAUUACUUGAUAUAUUUGUUCAUGCUAACGGUCUUAAAAUUCUUGUACAACAUUUUGCUCGUAAUUAUCCAUCAAUACAAUCUUAUGAUGAAUGUUUAACAUCAUCAUCAUCAUCAUCGUCAAAUACAAAUAUAUUCGAUAAAAUAAAUUUCUUUGAUUUCUCAUCAUUAGUUUCAACAUCAUCAUCAUUAUAA